AUGGUGGAUACCAACAAGAGCCCAACGAACAAAAGUGACCAAUCGUCCGCAGAGCCCAGCGUUUGCAAGUACUUUCAAAAGGGCAACUGUCGGUUUGGAGCCAAGUGUGCCCUGGCACACAUUCUGCCUGACGGCCGCAGGGUGAACGGGAAGCCUGCGAAGCCGGUGCGUGCUCGCACGUCCACGUCAAGCUUUUCGAGCGACUCUGGCGACCAAUGGACCCGUCCGAAACAGGGCCAGUACACGCCGCAACUGACGCAAUCGAUCUGGUCGUCGUCGUCGGUCGGGUCGGGUAAAGGGUUUGGAUCCAGCUUCUACACGUCAGUCUCCACGGUGAACGACACAGCCGUGGAGUCGGACGACAACAUGGACAGCAUGGAAGACUUUGUUCCCGGAUCGCUGAGCGAUCUACUAACAGCAGAGGAACUACGCAGAAGAAGCAAGCCGACAGAAGACACGAUUGUGGACCGGUCCGAAUUCACCGAGUUUCGCAACCGCAUGGAACGCUUGGAGCGCACAGGACACACCGAACAUGGCGUCUGGGAGAUGCAGUUCGUGAUGGACAUCGUCCUCGAUCUCCUCGUCGGAGUCGUAGAACCCGUCCUGCUCCAGUCUCUCCUCCUCUUCCUCAAGAGCCUGCAGCUUAGCGCUGAUGUCCGGGUCCAAAAAGUCGUACACGUUGCGGCCGUCCAGGAUCUCCGGCAUCACGUCGUUCUUCCACUCGUCGUCGUCCAAAAGAUACUUGUCCUUCAGGUUGACGUUGUAAACACCGGCACCCCCAUUUUCGGCCUCGAUGUCACGUGCAAGACGCCGUCUGUUAGGAUCGGCUGGGUCGUAGCGGGCCACCUGCUUGGCUCCCUCGGGCACAAACGCAGCACGCUCGAUGUCGUCUCUGGCCUGCGGUCUGGCAACGUGGAUCUUGUUCAGCACGUUGUUCACUCUGGCGGUUCCCUUGAGCUUCUGCUCGAUUCUCGACGUGAGCAGCUUCUCACAGGCCUUGUUUCUCACCCCCAUCACGUUCUCCUCGUUGUGGCAGGACGUUUGCAUGAUCUCGACUCCCGGCACCUCCAACACGGUUUUCAGCAGAGCAGCCUGCGCCUCAUCCACGUCAUCCAUGCUGAUGAUGUCCGUCUUGUUCACCACCACAAGCACAGACUUGUUGGCAAACAGCGGCUUGAUAGAGUGGAACAGCUUGACCUGGGCCUCGAUGCUGAAACCACACUGCUCAGAAAGAUCCAUGAAAUACAGGACACACGACCGCAGAUGCGCAAUCGCAUAGAUACUCUGCAUCUCGAUGUUGUUCAUCUCCUCUGUAGGACGGUCCAAGAUACCAGGGGUGUCAAUGGCCUGGAAACGCAGGUACUUGUAGUCGAAAUGACCCACGUACAACGACUUGGUGGUGAACGCGUACGGCUGCACCUCGACGUCGGCCUUGGUGAUGCAUCUGAGGAAACUGGACUUACCAACGUUGGGGUAACCGCAAAUUAG